AUGAAGGUCUCAGCCAGGGCGAUCUUGCCGUUCGCGCCUUGGAUUGCGGCCAAGGCUGCCGUAAUCCGGAGCGCGCCCGACGGCACGCCGCUGUCCGAGUCGGCCCAGGCGGUGGUGCGCGCCGCCGGCCCCGGCGCGACUUGCGAGUGGUUCACGCAGCCCAUCGACCACAAGAACGCGAGCCAUAAGUCGUGGCAGCAGAUCUACUGCGUCGACCCUCAGUGGUGGACGCCGGGGGCUCCGGUCGUGCUCAUGACGCCCGGCGGCGAGCCCAUCACGUGGGCCGUCAACUCGGCGCGCGGAUUCUCGUAUUUGAAAAACACGACCCUGGCGGGCAGGUAUGCCCAGGAGCUCGGGGCCGCCGCUGUCGUGGUUGAGCAUCGCUACUUUGGCGGAUCCUCCCCAUACGAUGGCUUCGACGCCGAGACGCUCCAGUACCUCACCCUGGAGCAGGCGGCUGCGGAUCUAGUCAACUUUGCGCAGAACGUCACGUUUCCCUUUGACAAGGAGCAGACCAGCGUGGCCUCCAAGGUGCCCUGGGUGUACUGGGGGUCCUCGUACUCGGCAACUCUGGGGAGCUGGAUCGAACACCUGCACCCCGGCGUCUUUCACGCGUACCACCUCAGCAGCGCCACCGUCCAGGCCAACACGGAGAACUGGUACUACUACGACACCAUCCGCAAGGGCAUCGACGCCCUGCGCAACGACACGCGCUGCAGCGCCGCCCUGGAGGAGGUCGUCGGCUUUGUCGACCGCUUCCUGCUCGCGUCGCCCGUCAACGAGACACAGAUGGACGCGCUCAAGCAGUAUUUCGGGGCCGUCUUCCCCAUCGCCAACGACGACUUUGCCUAUGCCAUCGCCACGCCCUUUAGAUACUGGGAAGAACGCGGAGGCUAUCGGGCCGUGCUCGACAUGUGCGAUGGCAUCGUCGGCUCCGACGCGACCGAGGAACACGAGGUGCUGGGCACCAUCCCGUCCUCGGUCGGCAACUACGCCGCCUACUUUCAGAUGAACUUUCGCGACUCGACAUGCACGUACCUGGACGUCUGGGGCCAGAAGGACCCGCUGUGGUGCCUGGACACGCACGACCCGCUCAACCCCUUCAUCGAGGCGCGCACGCUGGGCAACCCGUGGCGGACGCGGAUGUGGUUCCCGUGCAACGAGCCGCUGGCGUCGUGGGCGACGGGCGCGCCCCGCGACCGGCCCUCGCUCGUCUCGCGCCGCCUCGACGCCGCCUACUGGCAGGCCCAGUGCGAGAUGCACUUCCCCGCCGUCGGCGACCACAGGUACGGCAGCGCCGACGGCCUCCGCACCCCCGACACGCUCAACGCGGUCACGGGCGGCUGGGCGCGGCGGUCUAAGAGGGUCAUCUGGACCGUCGGUCUCGAGUUCGACCCCUGGCGAGCCACCAGCAUGGCCAGCGAGCUCCGCCCCGGCGGCCCGCUCGAGUCGUCCGGCGACGUCUACGUCUUCGUCAUCAAGAACGCCGCGCACGCCGACGACGCGCUCACCGAGGCCGGCCUGGCCAACCUCAACCUGCCCGUCAACCCGGAGGUGGUCAAGGUACAGCAGCAGAGCGUCGGCAUCGUCAAGGAGUGGGUCGGCCAGUUCAGACCCGGAGGCGACGAGGAGGGCUCGGAUGAGUGA